UAGAAGCUUGCAGUCGUGCAGUGCACAGGCACUUCUUUCCAAGAGGCAGAGAGCAAUGCUCAGUCUACUGACAGGCGAGCCAGCAGACCGACAAGAAGUCAGGACAUAUUCUCAUAGCACUAACAGACGGUAACACCACCAGUGGGUCUUCUGAAGCCCACUUUCGCUCUCCUGGGUGUGAUUGCUCCUGAAUGCACAUUCAACCUCAUCUACUGCUGGCAGUGAGGACCUGCAGAUGCACUCAACCGCAGGCUUACUUCUCAACCCUGCAUCUGUCUCAACACUCACACCAGAGCUGUACCCGCGGGAAAAGGAUACACAUGUUUUAUUGACAGAGCUACAGGUGGUUUGAGUUUGAGCCUCUGGUGGACUGGGGUUUUUUUUUUUUUUCUUGUGUGGUGAGCUGUGGCGUCUUUGGAACCAGUAUGUUGCCUGUCGUUGUGGCAUGUAUGGUAUUUGUCCUGCUGGGCUCAGGGCAGGCUCAGGUUGCCACACCGAGUCAGGGGCAGAGCCAGAGUCGGGGCCGUGGGCAGGACAGCUCUACCACUCCGUGGAGGCAGGUGAUUCAGUGGGAGAACAAUGGGCGGAUGUUUAGCCUGCUGAACAGUGGAGCUGAAUAUGUCCCAGCUAGGGCGGGGACCCAGGAGAGAGGUCCCAGGGUGGUUGUGGCAGAUUCUCGUCCACGCUCUUCAGGUAGACCUCAGGGAGGCAAUGUCCGCCGACAGGCUCCGUCAAGAGGAUCCUCUGAGACUGUCCGUGGGCAGGCAAGACAUCCUUUUGGCUUUGGGCAAGUGCCUGACAACUGGAGACAAACAGCAGGCAGCACAGGUGGUAGCCAGUUCCAAGGAUCCUCCAGCACUCGUUUCAGGCCAUCCACAGGCUCUUCAUCUUCAUCAUCAUCAUCUUCAUCAUCAUCCUUUUCUUCGUCCUCUUAUAAUGUACAAUCCUACCCACAAUACCCAUUUCCUCAACAACCUCCCUUCCAACCAGUACCUUACGACCCUGGGUUUGCGGAGGGACCAGUCAGGAGCUACGAGCCUCCCUUUCAGCCUGUUGCCGGUGGAGGAUAUGGCGGUGGGGGGUACAGUGCUGGCCGUGCUUAUACUGGAGGAGGAUAUGUAGGUGGUGUGGCCCCAGUGCUCCCAGGCUCACCCACUGAUUUUACUGAUGACGGCUACCGUUACUACCAGUCUUACAGCUACGGGCCCAACCCCGCGGUGCCUGCACGUGCUGCCCAGCCACCAUUUACAGAUGGUCUUGACCACAGAUACACCCACAGCCUCUACAAUGAGGACACCGCUCCUGCUGUCCCUGCCCCUGAUGCCAACCAGGCCACACCUAUGAUAGUGGACAGGACAGGACAAGCCAGUCAAACGCCAAUCAGGAGCCCUCAGUAUGAGCAGUUUCCCCCAUUCGGUAGACCUCAGCCUCCUUUCCUGCAGCCCAUUCCUCCAGGCAGAAAUUCUCCAAACUCUGCCCUUGAGAACCCCAGUAUGAGUGUUGGGAGUGUGUACCGACCAGAACAGAGAGGUUUGCCUGACCUUGUUCCUGAUCCCAACUAUGUCCAAGCUUCCACAUACAUCCAGAGAGCCCACAUGUAUUCUCUCCGCUGUGCUGCAGAGGAAAAAUGUCUGUCAAGCUCUGCCUAUAGCCCCGAGACCACCGACUAUGAUGUAAGGGUCCUGCUGCGAUUCCCACAGAGGGUGAAAAACAAGGGCACUGCUGACUUCAUGCCUAACAGGCCACGUCAUACCUGGGAGUGGCAUAGCUGUCACCAGCACUACCACAGUAUGGAUGAGUUCAGCCAUUAUGAUUUGCUGGAGGUCAGCACUGGCCGUAAAGUGGCAGAGGGUCAUAAGGCUAGCUUCUGUCUUGAGGACACCACUUGUGACUUUGGUCACCUGAAGCGAUAUGCCUGCACAGCCCACACUCAGGGUCUAAGCCCAGGCUGCUACGAUACAUACAAUGCUGAUAUUGACUGCCAGUGGAUCGAUAUCACAGACAUCCAACCAGGAAACUACAUACUAAAGCUCCAGGUUAAUCCCAAAUUCUUGGUUCUGGAAUCAGACUUUACCAACAAUGUGGUGAGAUGUAACAUUCACUAUACAGGACGGUUUGUUAGAACAACCAACUGCAAGAUAGCACAGUCUUGAUCAGGCACUGGAAGGCUGCCACACUAGAGUGACCCUGAUUGCUAUUCCAUUGAAAUGUGAAUGGAAUCCAUUUGUUGUUGGUUCAUUGUUGAUGUUGUUUGUCUCUACUAUUUUGUGCUGUUUUGGUAUUCUGGACCCAUGGCAAACAAGGGCUCCACUGGCACUGAUAAGAAUGUCGGAGUUUAAAGUAGACAGACACACACACACAACAUUGCAUAAUGCAUAUUGCACAUUGAUAUCCCAAUAAUGAACCAACAGUUCAGAUCCCUGCAAUCUACAUUAUAAUAUUAUCCAACCAACUAUAUCUCGCAUAUUGCAACUUUAUCGGUCUAGUUUGGUUACAUGCUAGGACACAUCACCGACUUUGAAAAGAGGUGUUUACUGUAUCUGCACUUAAAUAUCUAUGUACAGAGUGGCUUUGUUUGAAAUAUAAAUAAAGCGUGAAGUGGUGCUGGUGCUGAAGUGAGCGGCUCCAGAAAAUUCAGGGUUCAGCAGAAAUCACCAAAUAAAAUUAAGGGACUAAGUCUCCCCAGGUGCAUUCAUCCAUGCAGUGUGGGGACAGGCAGAGAUGCCCAGUGACUUAGAAGAACUAUACCGUGUUAGUUUUUCUUCUUUUUUUUUCUUUCUUUUCACCAGUGCCUCAGUGGGUCAGGCUGGGAUACUGUGAUUCUCUGGGCACAUCCUGUUUAAUGUUGUGUUAACAGCAAGAGGAAGAAAGCAGGUCCUAUUUUCAUUUGUCAGCUCCAUCAAAUUGUAAAUGCAUGCAUAAAGACAGACUGUCAGUACUGGGUGCUGUACUUCCCCAAAUCCUUCGAUAUACGUAUUGUGUCCCAAUUCGUCCUUUCUUAUUUCAGUAAAACAGGAACAGGAAGCUCAACUGGCAGAAAAUGGUGCUUUCCAGACAACAAGACUCAUGCUCUGUAAGCUGUACAUUUACACUGUCCUGGGGUCUUUUCUUCAACUACCAACACUGGUCAGGUGGCUCAUUUGUCAUCUAUACCUUUUGAAGAAUGUAUAUACAAAUAUUCCACUGUUGCAUGACUUUAACGAUGGAGAUUAUUUCGUUGUAACUGAUUGUACUUUGUUUAUCCAUUUUGACGAGUUACUGUAAUUUGUAAAAUCGAAUGAAUUUAUAUGUUUUCUUGAUAAUCUGAAUUAUUCAAAUAGUAUGUGUUGUUGGGAAAAAAAAAAUGCUACUGCUAGUAUUAUACUGCAGAGUGCCAGAAAAUCAUCUCUACCUACCUCUCCAACUGAAUGAGCUGUUGUUUCCUGUUUAGUGUUUGGUUUCCGUUGGAAACGCCUGCAAUGGCUGACUGUGGCCUCCUACCACUCUGUUGCAGCAUACAGCUGAAACCAUCAAAUCUACUGCAUAUAUCAAAGAGCACAUUAUUUUGGAUGCAAACAACAAUUUCAAAAUAAUCCAAAAGAUUUAAAGUUAUAAUCCUUAAAAUUUCAGUCCUGGUUGAACUGAUGACAUUGAUGGUCCCAGAAUUCUGGGGGCAGCAAUCAUUCCUUGAACAGUUAUUUUUGUAGAGACAGAGGAUUAAGUGGUGCAUUUUUUUUACAGUGCAGCCAAGCAAACUUAUGUUUUAAUAGAGAGAGAAGUCAGUCAAUAAUUGCUGAUCCUUCUUGUUCUAGUACUCUGUAAUAUUUGAAACUGAUCAGAAAAUGACCAUUGUCUUGUUUUGCACAAGUAUCUCUGAUCAUUGGUUGUAGUUAGCGCUAACCUCAGUGACAAAAACAUUGUAUCUACACUUGUAACAUGGAGCAGCAGCUGUAGGAAAUGUUAGUGUAGUAACUCAAUACAGCAGUGAUACAAUAUAAAGAGAGUGCACAGUAAGCACUGAGGAUGAUAAUAGUUAGAUAAAAUUAUCUAACUACCAGUAGUCCAGUAACGCUGGACUACAUGCAUGCAUCAUUGCCGUGUGCAUGUAAAGGGAAAUUUAAAGCAAGUGUGGAAAUGGCGGACCCCGCCAUUAACAAUUAAAACUACUAUAUGUUGGAAAUUACUGAACAUAAAUAGAUUGAUUGACUACUGCAUGGAAACUGCCAACCAUGAACCUGGAUUUGAAUACAUGAAAAUCUUAAGGAUUAUUACUUUAAUAUCCAAAAAAAGUGCUGCUUCAGUAAUCAACACUGAUCUGGCCAAUAUGUAUCAAACAAUGACAAGCACCAAAACUGAUUUUGGGUUUGUUUUGAUUCUGCAAUUUUAUUUUUUAUUUUAUUUUAUUUUAUUUUAAUUUUUUUGAAACAGGCAAUCUGUAGGCAAUGUAGUAUAGGUCUAGUCUGCGGAAUCCAAUUUUAGUGCCAUAGAACAGGUCUUUCAUACUGUACUGUAAAGAGUCAGCUCUGUAAUUUGAUCUAAACAGUCUUACUCUGGUAGCUCAUAACUAUACGGUACACUCACUGAGAAAUGUGAAUCAACAUGUGAUUCUGACAUUCAGUGGAACAACAACAGAAGAGUAGGUGACAGUUUAUACAGCAUCUUUGACAUGUGGUGAUGAAAUUUGUAUUUUUCUAACAGUGAACACCUGUCAAAAUGUCAUAUACAAUAAAUACAUUUACACAUCC